UCGAUUGUUGUUCGAGUCUCAUUUUUAUCAAGUGUACAUCGUUACGCCACCAUCACCUACAACAUCAACAUACGUAUAGUGUUCAAGUUUUUGUAAAAAGAGCUGCGCUCGAGUUGAUUCGAAAUGUUCAGCUGGCUGAGCAGAGAGGGUCCUGGCAAACAUGAGGUGUACGAAAACGUCACCGAGGGUCUCAAAAACAUUUAUAAAUCCAAGCUACUGCCACUGGAGCAAUACUACCACUUCCAUGAAUUUCACUCGCCCCAGCUGGAGGAUCCUGACUUUGACGCCAAACCCAUGAUACUGCUAGUUGGGCAGUACUCAACGGGUAAAACGACAUUUAUCAAGUAUCUGCUGGAAAGAGACUUUCCUGGCAUAAGGAUAGGGCCUGAGCCAACCACGGACAGAUUUAUUGCCGUUAUGUACGAUGAGAAGGAAGGCGUUAUUCCUGGCAAUGCCCUCAUCGUUGAUCCACAAAAGCAGUUCAAGCCACUCACAAAGUUUGGAAAUGCGUUUCUCAAUCGUUUUCAGUGCUCCACGCUCAAAUCGGAAGUAUUGAAGGGUAUUUCUAUAAUCGACACUCCAGGAAUUCUCUCUGGUGAGAAGCAGAGGGUAGAUAGAGGAUACGAUUUUACCGGGGUAUUGGAAUGGUUUGCAGAACGUGUUGACAGAAUUAUUCUUCUGUUUGAUGCACAUAAAUUAGACAUAUCGGACGAAUUUCGACGUUCGAUAGAGGCACUGCGUGGUCACGACGACAAGAUAAGAAUUGUUCUCAAUAAAGCAGACAUGGUGGAUCAUCAACAGCUCAUGAGAGUUUAUGGUGCUCUUAUGUGGUCUCUUGGCAAAGUUUUACAGACACCCGAAGUGGCACGUGUAUAUAUUGGUUCUUUUUGGGAUCAACCUUUAAGAUUCGAUGGAAACAGGAGACUAUUUGAAGACGAAGAACAAGAUUUGUUCAGAGACAUGCGAUCGCUGCCUAGAAAUGCUGCGCUUAGAAAACUUAAUGAUUUAAUUAAACGAGCUCGUUUAGCCAAGGUACAUGCACACAUUAUCAGUGCGCUGCGGAAAGAUAUGCCCACCAUGUUCGGCAAAGAUAGUAGAAAAAAAGAACUGAUUAAAAACUUGGGUCAAAUUUACGAUCAAAUUCAGCGCGAGCAACAAAUUUCGCCUGGUGAUUUUCCGGAUCUCAAAAAAAUGCAGGAAAAUCUAGCCCAUCACGACUUUAUGAAAUUUAAUCAAAUCCGACCUAAAUUGUUGGAAGUUGUAGACAAGAUGCUCUCGGAAGAUAUCUCAAAACUUAUGAAUAUGAUUCCUCACGAAGAUAUGACUACUACAUCGGAGCCACUCAUCAAAGGAGGUGCAUUUGAGGGAGUUGAAGAUCAAGAAAGUCCAUUUGGUUACAAAAAGGGAGAAGGAAUUGACGCUGGUUCUAAUGAGCCUGAAUGGAUUGUCAUGAAACUUAAACAUAAGUACGACACUUUGUUUGAAUCGCUUGGUCCAUCUGAUGGAAAAAUUACCGGUGCAGCUGCUAAAACCGAAAUGAUUAAAUCUAAAUUACCAAACACUAUACUUGGGAAAAUCUGGAAAUUGGCAGAUGUCGAUAGAGAUGGAUUCCUCGAUUCAGAUGAAUUUGCAUUGGCCAUGCAUUUAAUUAAAGUCAAAACGGACGGCUAUGAGUUGCCUACGGAAUUACCAAGUCAUUUAGUACCACCGUCUAAACGCGACAUAUAGAUAAAAUUUAUCAAAAUUUUUGUAUUUAAAUUGCAUAUUUGCAUACGAGCAAUCAUUGCUCCUUUUUAAAAACUAUUCUUAUUUUGAAAGGACGAAGUAAAAGAGAAUUUGAGUAAUUUUCUGUUCUGAAUCAAAUAAAUGUGCUUGUUGACCAAACGAGAGGAGAAAAUGAUAUUCUUAGAUACGUAAUGGUUAAUAAAAAGAGGUGUAUAUUUUCAAAUCUACAUGUGAUUGUAAAUGCGACUGAUUAAUGUGAUUCGAAUAAAAGUUUCACAUAAUUAAUAACAAAGGAUCAUACAUUCGAUAUUUACGAAAAGAAAAAAGGAAUAUUUUACGUAAACAAUAUUGAGUGUUACAUUUUAUAAAAAAUAGAGUUCUAAAGUUAACUAAAAUUUGUAAGGAUCAAUUUUGUAAAAAUCAUUCGUAUAUUUUUUCUGUAUUAUCAAGUAGUAACACAAAAAACUUUGAUAGUAUACAGUUACUUGAUUUUACGUGUGGACUUAUUGGAUUAGAUUUAAGACAACAGAUUUAAGGUUUUUAACACUUUUUGCAAUGUACAUGUACAAUACACGCACAAAAAUAUAUGUGCACUCGAGUACACAGAAGAGUAAAAUUUAUACAAUGAUAUUACAAGAUGAAUUUAUUUAAAAUGAAAAAAAUAUUUUUAAAUUAUUUAUUAAA